AUGAUUUUUAUUUUUCUAUUGAUAUUAUACCCUUUAAAGGCAUAAUAUUCCUUGAAAAAUAAAGCUUUAAACCAGUCAGCCUUAAUUAUGAAAACAAUAGUUGAAUAAACGGAUAUAGAUGAAUCAGAUUAGAAUUGCCUUACCUUUGGAAUUUGGUCCAAAUAUAGUCCAUUAGGUAAUGCAACUUUGAAGAAUGCAUAUGGAAUAUUUGACAGUAAUUGCUUUUAAUUAAUUAAUUCUGUCGAUAAUGAAACAUAAAGUCUAAAUUUUAUUUACUAUGAUUGUCUUGAUGAUACGACAAAAGAGAUUAAAAAAUUCAUCUAAAUAGGAUUUUCUUAAACUGAAUAGUUUAUAUUCUCAAAAUAAAUAGAACCCUCAUAAUAUGAUGAUAUUUGGUUCUUUUUUUAAAUUAUAAGUUAUAUAUCUAAAAAGAAAGUAGAAUUAGCAAUUUACUCUUAAUUAAAUUAAAUUUUAAAAGAAACUAUAGAACUUGCUAUGCCUAAUAGAGAUUAAAAAUUAAUAUUAACUUUUGGAGGAAGUUUAAAAGUAGAUAAUUCAAAUAUCCCAUAAAUUGAAUAAGGAAGGAUAUUUUCAAUUUAUCCAGGUUAGAUAAUAGUAUAUAACAAUGAGAUGAAAAGAAUAUCUAUAGAUUUUGAUUAUUGGUCUAAAAUUACUCAAUAUUUUUAAAGGAUUGAAACUUGUUAAUGUGAUUGGGAUAAAAAAAAUAUAAAUUAAGAUUCUCAUUUAAUUUCUCUUGAUUAAUUGACUAAUGUUUCAAUGAAAAUUAAUUGUAAUACUUAUACUAUAGCUGGAUGGUUAUAGAUAUCUAAUAUUUAUCAAACCUCAGAAGAGUUUACUUAUUAAUUUAUGAAAAUAAGUACAAUCUUAGAUGGUUUAUAAAAUGAAAAUUUAGCUACAUUUUAACUAUUUUAUCAUAUCUCACCUAUUCAAAAUAAAAUAAUAAUUACAACAUAUAAAUAUGAUUUUCCUUCUGUUACUUAAGACUUUUCAAAUAAUCCAUUUCUAAUUAGAAGGGAAUUACCUAUUUAUAAUUCGAUUACUUCAUGGCAAUAUAUAUUAAUAAAUUUGUAGGAAAGUGUAUUAGAAUUUUCAAUAAUAUUUUAUGAGGGUCAAUAUACUUAAUCAUAUGAAACAACAAUUGAUAUAAAGUAAUUUGAUAAUUAUUAAUUAAAAAUAACUUAUGGAAAUAUUUAAUAAUCAAAUUUAAAUUACAUAGAUGUAAUAGUAAGAAAUUUGUUAUUUAAUAAUUGUAUGCAAGAUUUAAAAUAAUACAAAUGUCAUUAUAGUUGUUAAGAAUGUGAUGGUCCUAAUAAAUAUGAUUGUUUAAAUUGUUCUGAGGAAUCAAAUAGAAUAUACAUACCAGAAUAUAAAAAAUGUGUUUGUCCAAAAGAUUCAAUUGAUGAAUAUUAAUAAUGCAUUAAUUUUAGGGACUAAAAUCUAUAAUUAAAUGUUAGACAAAGAAAAAAAACAAAAUGUAAAUUUGGUUAUUUUGAAAUAGAUGGAGAAUGUAUUAAAUGGUAAAUAUAAUUCUAUUAUUUAUAGUCCUUCAAUGAUCUAUAAUAAUUUAGUAACUUGCUUUGAAUGUUAUUUUUUGUUAUCUACAUGGUAAGAAUAUCCAUACUGCGACAUUAUUUAAGAACUAACAACAAUAUCAACAAAUGAAAAAUUUCCUGGUAUGAGAAAUUUUUUUUUUUUUGAUGGUUCUGAUUUAAUUUCUGCUUAUGAUCCUAUGGAAUGGUAGAAUAGUAUUCAAGAUGAAUAUGGUCUUUAUGAGCAGUUUAAGUUACAUAUUAAAAGUUUCUAAUCUUUUUGUAAUUCUGCAGAACUUACUACUUAUGAUGAGAGUUCUUGUUAUCCUUGUAGACAUAUAGAAUGUGAAGUUUGUGGUGUAACUAUAGAUAAUAAUUUCAUUUGCUUAUAAUGUAAAUAUAAGUAUGUUCUUUUUAAUGGCACAUGUAUCUAUAAAGUUUAAGAUUUUAAUUAUUCAUAAUGUUAACCUCCAUAUUAUCCAUCAUUUGCUAAGAAAUGUAGUCUAUGCACAAUAGAGAAUUGUCUUUAUUGUUUUGAAUAUCAAGUAGAUUAUGAAUUCGUAAUUAACCUAAAUUAACAAUAUAUAUUAUAUUAAGUGUAUAAUCCAAAAAUUGGUUGUAUGUUAUGUGAAAAAGAUUUUAAUUUUGAUUUCAAUCUUGGAAUAUGUGUAAAAAAGGCUUCAAAGAUAGAAAAUUGUAUAACUUCAUAUACGAAUGUAACAAAUGAAGAAAUAUGUUUAACAUCUUCUUUAGAUAAUUUUAAAAUUUCAACAGAAAUUACUCUUUGUAAUUAAUACAUAUUAUAUUGUUCAUUAUGUUUUUUAGAUAGAAAAUAAUAGAUAAAAUGCAUAACAUGUGAAUCUGGAUAUAUAUUAUAAGAUGGAUCAUGUUAUGAAAGUUAAGAAUAAAAUCCUAAUUAUUUAAAUUAAUAUUGGAAUUUAAAAAUAGAAAGCUUUUUGAUAAGCAUUUUUAAUUAUGAAUAGAAUAAUGAUAAUACUAAUAACUUAACUCCAUGUGGAUAUUAUUGUUAAUCUUGUAAAUACUCAUUAGGAGAACAUUCUUGUUUUAAAUGUUAAAUACCAAGUAUAUCAUUUUAAGUAAAUACUCCAAAUUAAAUGUGUUAAAUAUGUUCCCCACUUUGUUAAGUGUGCAUAAAACGUGAUGAAAUACCAACACUGGUAAAUAUAUAUUUAUGAUAAUCAGAUAAUGGCUCCUUUACUUGAUAUUGCAAAUAUUAAUCCUAUCUAUACAGCAGAAUGUAUUAUUCCUUAUAUGGAUCCAAAUAUAGAUUACGACCCUUAUUCGAAAAUGGUUUAAUAUUGUUUAUAAGGAGAUUGUGAUAAUGAACUAACUUAUGAAUUUAUUGAAUAUAGUUGUUUUUUUAAUAGAUUUCCUAGAAACUUAAAUUAUUAAGGAAUUAAUACAGAAUAUUUGAAUAGUAUUGGAGCUGUUUCUAUGACAAUAAUUAUUAGAAUAGAAAUAGAAGAUGAAUCAUGUAUUCUAUUCCCUUCAAUAGUUACUCAAGCUUCUUUAAAAUUUCAUGUAUUUACUUUAUAGACAAUUAAUUUAAAAUUAUUAACAACUUAUCCUUUUUACUUAUAUAUUUUCAACUCUUUGUUUUUUGAAGAAUAUGACUCAUUUACAAUGAUUGAUUAUGGUAUUGUUUUCCCAAAUUUUGAAUAGUUUGAUCUUAAUAUCAGCAACAGCUAUAAUUAAGUAAAUAUAACAUUAAUAAAUAUAACUUUGAAGGAUAGUUCAAUUAAGAAUAUUUAAUCUUUAUUUAAAACUUCUAAAUUUGGUUAUAUAGAUUUAUAAAAUGUAUCAAUAAUUAAUUCUCAAUUUAUUAAUUCAUCACUUUUUAACUUUAAAAUUAGUAGCUUAAUGGGGGAUAUAAAAAUUAAUCAAUUAUACAUAUAAAAUUGUACUUUUAUAAAUUCAAUUUUAUUUGAAUUUUCUUAUGUAUUAAAUCCAAUUCAAUUCAUAAAUCUGACUAUUGAUUAAUGCUAAUUAUAAAAUUCAUCUAUUUUUUAUUUUAGAGCUAAUAAUCCUUUGGAUAUUAAGAUUUUUAUACUAAGUGCAUCAAUUUUUAGAAAUAAUUUUAUAAGGUCUUAUUUUUUUUAUUGUUCAUAAUAAGUUGAUGUUAUUUCUAGCAAUUUGAUCCUUGAUAAUAAUUAAUUAUUAGAUUCUAUUAUUUUUGGAUUUAGUUCUGGUUUAUAGUCAUCUAAUAUUGAAAUAUCAAAUAAUAUAUUUAUUGAAUCAUCAUUUAUGUCAACAAUUUAAAUGACAAAUCAACAAUUUGCAUCUUGUACAAUGAUUAAUUUUAUCAUAAGAAAUAAUAAAUUACAAAGUUCAAAUUUAUUUAAAUUUUUUUCAUAAUUUUAGUCAAGUGAUUUAUUUGUAAAGAUUAAUGAUGUAAUUAUUGAAUUUAAUGAUGGAUUUAUUAUAAAUAAUGUAGAUUAGAUAAGUUAUAUAUUUAAUAUCAAUGCAAAGAUAAUUAUUUUGAACAAAUUUUUAAUCAAUUCAAAUAAAAAAAUACAUACUCUUUAUCUUUAUGAUAUCAAUGAUAUACAACUUGAAAAUUUUAAUUUUGAGAAUUCUGAAAUAGAAGAAAAGAUAUCUGUAAAAACUGAUUGUUUAAAAAAUCUUAAUUUUUAAAACUAAAUAUUCUAAAUAGUUGGUUUUAAUAAAGUAUCUAUUUCUUAUUUUAAAAUAAAAUAGAUAUAAAGUAUAGAUGAAUCAAUAAUUAAAAUCAUGUCUAGUAGUUAAUAUUACUAAGAUUAAGUAGGAUAAAUUAAAAUAUUUAAUUUAGAAUUUUAUGGAAAUCUCUUACAAUCUCUAAAUUCAAUCAAUUAUUUUUCACUUAUUACAAUUAUUUCUGAUAAAACCUUGGAUAUUGUAAUUAAAAAUUUAGUUUAUCAAAAUAAUAUCAUGCAUGUAUAUUAUGAAAAUUCUCUAAAAGAUUCAGCUGCAUUAUUGUAUAUCUCAACAUUAGCAAGUACAAUCAAUAUAGAAAAUUUAUAAUGCAAAUAAAAUGCAAUGACUAAUUCAUCCAAUUCUUUUAUUUAUAUUGCAACAAAAUCUUUAAUAAUAAAUAAUCUAUAUGUAAAAUAUCAUAAUAUACUACCUAUAAAUAUUUGGAAUUACUAUUAUAAUUUAAUACCAAUGAAUUAGGAAUAGAUUUAAUCUUUAAUUAUGUAGAUAUUUUAAAUAAAAACUAUUGGAGGAGCAGCAUAUAUCUAAUCAUCUAAUUUUUCAUGUAUCAAUUCGACUUUUGAAGAAAUAAUGGCUGUGAAAAGUUCUGUUUUUGAUAUUGUAACUUCAAGUGAUGGAAUAAUUAUGAUAUAAAAUCUAUCGGUUUAUAAAACAAGAACCAACUUUUAAGAAAGAAUUGAAAAUACAGGAUGCUUAAGUAUUAAUGCUUAAAAUAGUUUAUUAAAUCUUACAAUUCAAAAUGCUAAAUUUUAGAACAUUCUUAAUAGAAUGUCAUCAUCAAUACUAACAAUAAAUCCUUCAUUAUUAUAAAAUAAAAUGAUAUUCUAAAAUAUGUUAAUUAUUGAUUGUGUUUCAUUAAAAAAUUAGAUUGUUAAAAUUUAGUUUAUUUCUUAAAUUAAUAAAUAAAAUUAAAUUGUAUUUAUAAAUUUAAUAGUUUACUAAAAUUAAGAGUCUUGGAUAAAUUUAUUUUAGUAUAUUGGAGAAUUGUCUGAUUCUGAAAUUUUAGAAAUUACUGGAAAUGAUAAUACUAUGAUUUAUUUAGAAAAUUGUGAUCUUUCUAUAGAGGAUUUUUAUAUUGAAGGAAUGCUUUUUUCUAGUGUAUUUCAGUUAAAUAACAUAAAUACUUUAAAAUUUUUUAAUUGCACAUUUUAAAAUAUUUUGAAUAUUUACACAUAAAAUUUAAUUGAAAUUACUUAAACCUCUUAAUAGAAAUAUUUUGUAUUCUUAAACUCAUUAAAUUUCUAAAAUGGAUCUAUGUAUCUUGUCAAUAAUUAGCUAAAUUACGAAUACUAAUAACACUAAACAAAUUAUUUCAUAUCUGGAUGUUUUAUAAUGAGUUUUUCUGUUGAAUUUAUAUAGAAAAAUUAUUUUUACAGCAAUUUAAUAAAGCUUUUAUAAUAAAAACAAAAGCAAACUUCAAUAGUAUAUAUUAGGAGUGAGUCAAACUUAACUGUUUUAGUUUUUGAUACUAUCAUGUUUUAAAACAAUAAUUAUUCAAUUAUUUAAUAGGGAAUCAUACAUUUUGAUGAAAUCUAUUUUAAGAUAUUCCGAAUUUCUAAAUUUGAUUGUAAUUUGAAUUAUAUAAAGAAAUUUGGAUGUUUAAAUAUUGUUGGAAAUUAAAAUGCAUCACACUUAAUUCAUAUUAAGAAUUCAAAUUUUAUUUAAAAUAUUGGAACUUAAGGAGUUGCAAUAAAAUGUAGUGAUGUUCAUUUAAAGUUAAAUUAAUGUAAAAUUAUUUCUAACUUUGCAUUUACUUAAGGUGGAGGUAUGUAUUUGCUACUAAAUACUAAAUAAUUAUUUAUUUAAAAUACAAUCAUAAUUGAAAAUUAGGCGUAAGAAGGAGGAGGAAUUUAUUUUGAACAGGAUAAUGAUAUCUCCAUUAAAAGUAUUACUUCUACUUUUAUAUUAUUCAAUAAAGCUUAAGUAUAUGGAAAUAAUUUAGUGGAAAACCCUAAUUAUUUGCAAUUAUUCAUUAAUUCAAAAGCAAUGCCUGCUGUUGAUCUAAAAAUGAAUAAUAUUUCAACUAGUAUCCUAAAGAUAACACCAUAUAAAGUUAUAGAAUAAGGAAUAUCAAAAUUAACUGAUAUACUUAUGAUUCCUAGUACAUAGGUUAUCGAUACAUAUUAAUUAUUUGUUCUCUAAAAGGCUGCAUAUUUACCUUACAUAAAAAGUCUGAACAUUUUUUUCAAAAAUAGCAAAGGAGAAUUACUCUAUAAUAUUUAUAAUUCAACUUGUGAAGUAUCAGAUUUCAUCGUAACAAAUGACAAUUAAGAAAAAUAAGGAUAUAUUAAAAAUUCAGUGUUAUUAUAUUAGACUAUGUAUAAUAAUUUUGAAUUGAAUACCUUAUCCUUUCGGCUUGAUCCAUAUUAACAAAACUACAAUCAUUUAUCAAUUUAAAUAUUUUGUAAGACUUAAAAAUCUCAGUAAGGUUUAAAAUAUAUCAUUAAUGCAAAAAGCUUUAAAUGUUAGUUAGGAGAAUUCUAUAUUGAAAGUGGUUGUUAGAUUUGCAAAUCUAGUUAAGGAUUUUACAGUGUUACUUAUGAUGCUAUUAAAUGUUCGGUCUUUGAUAAAACUAAAUUUUAAAACAUUACUUCUAAUAUGAUAGAUUUAAAAUAAGGUUAUUGGAGACCUGAUUAUUUAUCUGAUUUUACAGAGGAAUGUUAUAAGAAUACUGAAUUUUGUUUAGGAGGAUGGAGAGUUGGAGAUGAUACCUGUAAAAUGGGACAUGUUGGUGCUUUAUGUGAAAUGUGUGAUGUAUAUAAUAUAAGAGGAGAAGGAUAAUUUUUCAAAAAUUAAUAAAAUUAAUUAUGUGUUUCAUGUUCUAGUGAAGAGAGUAGCAUCCUUCCAUUUUUACUAGCUUUAUUUUAGUAUAAUAUAUUAAUAAAUUUAGGGCAUUAUUAUCUAUAACAUUAUCGUUGA